AUGAAAGAGCUGCAGGAUGGUGAGACCAUGAUCGACUCCGGGUGCUGUCUUGGCCAGAAUCUACGCCGUGCGGCAUACGAUGCAGCACCAGCAAAGAAUGUUGUUGGGUCGGAUUUGAAACCCGUGCUGAUGGACAUGUGCUAUGAAAUGUUCAAAGACGGCGGCACAUUCCAGAGCAAGUCUUACCAUUGCGACAUCUUCAAACUGUCAACGGACACCAAGGCCUCGGGUGCCCUAUCCGAGCUGGAAGGACACUUCGACAUUGUUCUCUGCUCGGAAGUCCUGCAUCUCUGGAGCCAGGAUGUUCAGAUUUAG